AUGGACAUCCAAGGUCCCCGUAAAAACCUGGCCAUGGCCUACAUACAGAGCCCAGAGCCCGAGCGCCCGGCAGAGGUAGCGCGCAGCUUCCCGGAAGCCCCUCGGACCCCCAGCCCUUCUGCCCCUGGGACCCAAGGGCGCAUCACAGGGCUCCCGUCGGCCUCACCUGAUCCGGCGGCCGGUCGCUCUCUGCCUGCCGAGCGGAGCCGCCCUGCCUGUCCGCCCGCCCUGCUCCCUCCCGCGUCGCCUCGGCCAGCGCCCGCCCAAUCUGCUGCCCGCGCCGCCCACGAGGACGCUCCGGCCGCCCGGGACCCAGGCGCCUGCCUCGGCGCCGCGCCCGCGAGCUCUCCAGUCCGAAACUGCAGACCCGAACUCUGCCCCCGCCCCCAUGCCCACCCCUGCCCUGCACACCAGCAGGGCCCCUGGCGGCGCGGGGCGGGGCAGCGCGGUCAGCUCCUGGCCCUUGCCUCCGCCAGGCCCCCAGAGGGCGCCCGCGCCCAGGCCGCUAAGCCCUCAGCGCAUGCGCUGCGGGUGCCCGCGGAUUUUCCGAGCGGACCGGCCCCCGCCGCCCGGAACGCACUUCCAGUCCCAUGGAGCCCGAACUCCUGCUCGGCAUCUCUACUUUCCGCUCCGGCUGAGCUGCUCUGGAGCCCGAGACCGGGGAGGCGCGACUCUCGGCCCACAGCCGCACCGCCGCCGGGUGCUGUCCGCCCUCCGAGACCCGCGCCAGAGCCUUUGAAACUGGCAGAGGACGCUGCACCAGGAAAUCUGUGGACUUGGGAUGAGGCAAGCCCCUGGACUGCUCUGAGGACAGGGCUCUGGAUACUGGAGCACAUCGUAUGGGACUGGGGCUCCAAUGGCAAACAUGACUUCAUUGGCGAAUACACCUCAGCAUUCAAGGAGAUGAAAGGAGUGAUGGAAGGGAAACAGGACCAGCUGUCAACUCUAAGAGGGCUGAGAUGUGAUUUUGCCUCAGAAACAUCUUUCUUGCCGACAGUUUUGAAUUCUGCCUCUUUCUUUGGCUUGAUUCUUCAGUAUGCUGCCAUGCUUUCAGCUACCAUCUUCAAAAACUCUGUGACCAUGGGCUCUGUCAUUCAAAAUGAAAACACAUUCUUACCGUAUGAUCCAGCCCUGAACAUCUUGGGCCCAAAUGAGUCCAGUGCUUACAUCUGCACAGAAACCUGCACUGGGAUGUUUAGGGCAGCUUUAUUCAUAACUGCAAGAACUUAGAAGCAACCAAGAUCCCUUUCAGGAGGUGAAUGGAGGAGUUCCCAUCAUGGCUCAGCAGAAACAAAUCU